AUGGAUUUGAAAUGCAUAUUCAGCCUAGCAAUCCUUGUUUCCCAGAUAUCGCUUUCGUCGAUGCAAAAUGUGAACGUUGUGAUUCAAGGAGCAACAUCAAUUGGUGAAACAGAUGAUAACUUUGUAUGCGCUACAUUGGAUUGGUGGCCUCUUGAAAAUGCAACUACAAUCAAUGUCCUUGGGGAAAGGUGGACUAUUAAAUUUGGAUUUGAAAAGAAGGGUCCGAUAAAUGCAAUAAAAGCAUUCAAUCCUUUAAGAAUCAAAGUUGGUGGGUCGUUGCAAGAUCAAGUGGUGUACGGAGUAGGAGGAGUUAAGAAUUGCCCCAAUUUCAUGAAAAAUGAAGAUAGUUUAUUCGGAUUCUCUCAGGGCUGCCUUCGCAUGGAAAGAUGGGACGAACUCAAUAAAAUUUUCAAUCAAACUGGAGUAAAGGUUACGUUCGGGUUGAAUGCUCUUCUCGGAAUAAAUCGGUCAAAAAUCGAAAAGGGUCUUUGGGUUGGCGAUUGGAAAUCGCAAAAUGCAAGGGAUUUCAUGAAGUAUACUAUUUCCAAGGGAUACAAAGUUGAUUCUUAUGAAUUUGGAAAUCAACUCUCCGGAGCUGGGAUGGGUGCAAGCGUUGAGGCUGAACAAUAUGGAAAAGACAUAGUAGUACUUAAGAAUCUAGUGAAAGAAUUACACCCAGAUCCCAAAACUCAACCAAAGGUUUUAGGUCCUAGUGGCUAUUAUGAUGAGAAAUGGUUUAAUUCCUUCCUAGAAGUUUCAGGACAUGAUGUUGUUGAUGGAGUUACACACCAUAUCUAUAAUCUUGGACCUGGUGAUGAUCCAAACAUGAUUACCAAGAUUCAAGAUCCAUCUUACUUAAAUCAGGUUGCCCAAACCUAUAAAGGUGUUUUGAAUAUUGUCAACAAGUUUAAACCGCAGUCGGGAGCUUGGGUUUCUGAAUCUGGCGGAGCUCUUCACGGCGGUGCUAAAGAUUUGUCCCCAACCUUUGCUGAUGGAUUUUGGUAUCUUGAUCAAUUGGGAAUGGCUUCAACCUACAAUCACAAGGUCUUCUGCAGGCAAACUCUAAUCGGUGGAAAUUAUGCUUUACUUAAUACUACAACAUCUAUUCCCAAUCCAGAUUACUACGGUGCACUUCUAUGGCACCGGCUUAUGGGAAGUACUGUACUUGCCGUAACUCAAGAGUCUAACCCAAAUUUGCGUGUAUAUGCUCACUGUGCGAAGAAAAAGCCUGGGAUUUCUAUCAUUUUUAUUAACUUGUCGGAAGAUAGCUCGUUCAACGUCACCCUUUCAAAUUACGAGCACCAGAGUCGUAAUUCGAGAUCCACGGAUGUUGCGAAGCCUGAAUUUAGAGGUUCCAAGGAUAGAGAGGAGUAUCAUUUGGCUGCGCUAGUUGGAAAUAUACAAGGUCAAAUCGUGUUGCUAAAUGACGUUCCAAUGGUCCCAACAGAAACAUUCGACAUUCCGAAGAUGGAACCAAAGCUUGUCAAUGCUUCCACGCCCAUCUCUAUUGCAGCUCAUUCCAUAGUCUAUGUAACCAUCAGAGACUUUCAAGCCCUUGCCUGUGCUUAA